UUUAAAACUUUUAUGUGCAUUUAUUUAAUCUUUAAAUGCAUAAAUUAUGUGGAACUUAGUAGCGUAAACGCCAAUGAAUUCGAUCUUUUUAUUUUUACCCAAUUAUGGCCUGCUACGGAUUGCAUGGAGUGGAAGAAACACAAUCCCCAUCACACAUGUAACAUGCCCAAAAAUGUAGAUGCCUGGACAGUACAUGGUAUCUGGCCUACUAAAUUGGGUACAAGAGGGCCCGAAUUCUGUAAUAGAACCUGGUUAUUUGACCCAGAACAAGUAAGGUCUAUUGAAGAUGAAUUGGAACAAUCAUGGGCCAAUGUUUAUGGUGGUACUCCUGUUUAUCAAUUAUGGGCUCAUGAGUGGAGCAAGCAUGGUACCUGUGCUGCACAGAUACAAGAUUUAAAUUCAGAAUUAAAAUACUUCUCCACAGGUCUACACUGGUUACAAAAAUAUUCUAUGACUGAUAUUUUCAAAGCAGCUCAAAUCAUACCAUCGAACACAAAAAAAUAUUCUGUAAAUGACAUCAAUAAGGUAAUAAAAGAAAAACUUAAUAUUGAUCCUUCAAUUGUGUGUAAGGUUGAAGACAGCAAAAACUACUUAUCCGAGAUUCGUAUUUGUUUUACAAAACAAUUGCUACCGGUAAAUUGUGAUGGAAUUAUUGCACGUCAAACUAUAAACGGAGAGUCGAUAUUAACAAAUUGUAAAUCUGAGGAAGUAGUGUAUCCUAAUUACAAUAAAUGGUAUGUGCAAUUGUACAAACUAGUGAUGUGGUUGCAGUGGUUCACAUUUUAAUUAUUAAGGAAUGCAAUAAUAAUAUCUUUUUUUUUAUACUAUGAAUUAAAUUAUGAAAUUAAAACAUUUAACAUUUAGAUUUUUUCAUCACAGGUUUAUAAUAAUUGGCUUUAGGAAUCUCUAAAAUUUUUGUUGAAAAAAAGAAUAGUUCGAAGAGGUCUCAAAUGUAACAGAAAUAUUGUUCAAAACAAAAAAAAAUUAAACACUUAAAGGCUAUUCUCUCUUAAUUUACAGUUUGAUUUAUUGAUUAAACUGUGUCUGCUUUCUUAUGGCACUUAAACAUUUUAUUUGUGAUGAACAUGAGUCAUAUUUGAUUAUUCUUUAAUUUAUUUGCACUGCUGAAAAGAGUCUGUUAAAGCCUAAAAGUAUGUUCAUGUCAUUAUGCUAUUGCAUAAACAUAUACCAGAAACUUUAAAUUUUUUGCAGAAUAAAGUAAAAAAUAACUACAGU